UGCGAACGACGUUUACUUAUCGUCCCGCGGAAAUACGCUCUUCGCCAAAUCUCUCUCGCUCCGCGAUGCAUUCCUCGCGUCGCGAUCGGAGGACGAUCGCGCGACAAGAGAGCCUUGCGUUCGACGACGCUCUCCUACCUGCGCUCUCCGGUUUGAUUCUACGCGUUCGAUCGAAACGAAAAGAAAAAAAAAAAAAAAAACAAAGUACCGUUGAUUUUUCGUAACUCGAGGAGAAUCGUGGGGAAUCUCGGAAGACGCGAAAGGACGAUCUCGAGUCACGAGGCAAGGCGUUGUCGCGUUAGUCCGUCACCGAAAGAUAUGUAUAUUCUUGGAGUAUACAAGAUAACGUCCGUGCAUUAUGAUUCUUCAAGUACACACAAAGUCAUCGCCAAUGACUGCACGAAUCCGCACGUUAUCAAAGCUCAUUGGAAAAUGCUGUUGCAACGCAAGUCCGAUUAGGUGCAAUUGCGCGUCGUCGUAGGCCCAGUGUCUAGACCGUGUCGUACAGUCAGCCACAAUUAUCGAUCGCUAUUAUAUACCAACGGUAUAGAUGUCUAAAGGAUAUAAAAAGGAGGCUUCGUUGACGGGGGUGAUGAUAAUAUCGGUCGGCACGACAAUCUACGCUGUUUACGAGAACUUUUCACAUUUUCUGGAUACAAGCUAUUUUUCACCAGCCACCGUCUUAAUCGUAGUUGGAAUACUGGUCUUCAUAAUUGCUUUUAUGGGAUGUUGCGGCGCACUCAGGGAAAGCACCUGUAUGGUCCUUGUGUUUGCAGUCUUACUGUCUGUUGUUUUGAUAAUGGAACUUGCCGCCGCUGUUGCUGCAUAUGCCUUGCAAAACGGUAUCAAGGAUCUCCUGGCUGAGAAUAUCAAGAUGACGAUGAAUCAAUACGAAAAGAAUGAAGAAGCCAAGUUUGCAAUUGAUUUUAUGCAAUCUAGAUUACGUUGUUGCGGGUAUAAUAGCUACUUGGAUUGGAACUACGUCAAUACGUUCAAUAAUACGCGUACAGAUGUACCUGACUCUUGCUGCUCAUAUCUAGUGGAUGAGCUUUCAGAUCGCUGUUAUGGGAAAUAUCAGGAAGGUUGUAUUAGCCGCCUUUCUAUUAUUGUUCACCGUAGUGCACUAUACAUCGGCACAGGAGCUAUAGCAAUCGCCCUUAUUCAGCUAACGGGAAUCAUGUUCGCGUGUAUGCUUGGCCGAGCUAUCAGGCGUCAAAAGACAGAAAGGGAAAGACGUCGUUGGGAAUUACGAGAAAAUUUAGUGAACGGUUACGAACCAUUGGGAAAAUCCGAUCCCGUAACUACGUUUCCCAUAGUGUAUAUGGCGCCAGAUUAUCCACUGAAAGGCGAUCAGAAAUGUUAAUAUUUUGAUGUAAAAAUCGAGUAUUUGAUUGUAUAAAACCAUAAUUUUUUUAAGUUUCUCGGGUUCACAAAGAAAUUUGCAAAAAUUGAGUAAUGAAGAGAG